AGAAUUUUUUCAUGCUAGCGCAUAUCCCACAGUUCACUACGAAAUUUUAGAUUUAUGACAAAUUAUGAACCCAUAAGACCGUUAGCGUUAACCAAUUUUUAACGCUACUAUUUUUUUGCGCCGCAGUUUGCGGUUUUGGCUUUUGAUCUAAGAAUCGGCCAGAAGUGCCUUAUAAUUAACAUACGCUUAAUUUAUCGGCUUUUGCAAGCAAAGUUCCGCUUGGUAAAUGGCAUACGUAUUUUUGAUUUCUUUUAUGCAUCCGCAGCUUUGACAGUUCGCAAACAGUGUAUAUAAUUUGAUAUGCAAAUCCGGAACGAAACAGCAGUGUGACAGGAAGUUCAUUAAUGCAAUUAUUGUGAGCAGUGAACACUGAACACCUACGUCUCAUAUCCCGCAGUACGGGAGUUGAAUGGUGAUCCACCUACUGUGUACCUUGGCAUUUGUCGCUUGCAUACUCGACCUUCGAUGGAUAGAGCUCUCCUAGCUGCACUGCAUUUACAAAGGCUUUUGUGCAGUACUGUAUUGAGAGAACACCAUGGACUGCAGGCUGCAAUACUUGAUCGGCGCAUCGCCAAAUUUCAAAGCAGAAACAUUUCUGAAACAAAACGUUUCGUUGCCUGCUUUUCGUCAUUUCAUCGACUAAAUAUUCGUUUAACCAUAUUAAAUUUGUAUGAUCCGUCAAAUUUACGACAACGGUAUAUGACGGGAGCGUCGGGACGCAGGCCUUGCCGGCAGUUGGAACAGCUAUAAACUGCCGGUGUCCUUCCGGAUUUCAGGGUUGUUUUAAUGAACCGCAUUUAUGCGUAAAUGAUAACUCAUAAUACUAUAGUACUGCCUACGGACAAUUAUGACAACUGUUCAUUAGUACGCAUAAACAGUGUUUAUAUUUUUUUUGUCUAUUUGUUCCAGUUAAUAAUUAAAUAUUACAACGUUAUCUCUUUUUGGAUAGUCUGGCCAAACGAUAACCGUUCUGCUCUGCUUGUUGCCACCUUUUUCGGGUAUGGAUGCCAAACAGUUCCAUAAUUUCACCGACAUGUGGAAAAAGCCAUCGAUUGAUGAAACUCACCUACUGUUAUGGAUAAUUCUAAUGCUGCUAAUAUUUAUUGGUGGCACCCUGGGAAAUUUGCUUACAAUUAUUGCCAUAAUGACAACGAAGAAGUUGCAGACCCAUUCUAACAUUUUAGUGCUGAACAUGGCGGUCGUGGACUGCUUAUUGAGCAGCGUAAUUUACCCGAUCAAAGUAAUAAUGGUAUUGUUGUACAAUUUUUUGCCAUAUACGGAUCAGACCAAGUUUGAGUUCACCAUAUUCUGCCGUUAUUACGGGUUUAUUAAUGUUGCUCUGAGUUUUUCUUCCAACAUGACAAGUUGCGCCAUAGCCGUCAAUCGUUUUAUUGCCAUCGUGUACGCCAGGAAAUACCAUACUAUGCAAAAACUUCCGUUAUUUCUGCUGAUGAUUUUAAUGCCGUGGAUUGUUCCCCUCGGAGUCAGUUCCUUAGGAUUAUUGGACAGAUAUGGUGGAGAUAGCUUUCAUCUUACUCCUAUUGGAUUGUGCACAUUUAAUCUCGACUUACAAACUGCUUCGAACCACAACUGGAAAUUUAUUAUCGCCAUGGCCGUUCCAUGUCUGAUGCUUCCAACACUAAUUAUUGCUGCUUCGUAUGUGGCCAUAUAUCUAAAGGUCAUACAAGUUCGAAGAAAUCUGCGCAGGGCUAUCUACUCUCCAGUAUUACGUCCAAACAAUCUGCUCACUGAUUCUUCUUUGUCCUGUACAAACACUAAUGGAUGCGUACAAGCACCUACUGUUAUUUGUGUCCGCUUAAAAAGAUUCGAGCACAGGGUUAAAGGAGCGCGCAUGAUGUUUAUCUGCUUCACAAUGUUUUGCGCGACAUACUAUCCGGCAACAGUUGUUGUCGCCGUGGCUAAACACUUUAAAUCCCGUAUCCUCCUGGACUGUCCGCCCUUACUUUUGUGGGUGUUUGGGCUUUACUUUGCCGGAUGUUGCAUAAAUCCGAUCGUCUACGCUUGGAUGAACUCCGAUUUUCGUAAAGCUUUCAAAGGAUUACUAUAUGCAUUUGGUGGAAAACUGCGCGAUAUUUUUGUGGGACGGAUUUUGUUGCUUACGAGAAGAAUGGAAAGCCAUACUUUUGCAAGAUUCUGCUGCAUGCGAUCAAUCUGAUGCAUGAUUUAUGUGAUGCCGCGGCAUGCUUUUCUAAUAAAAUGUUAAGGUACUGUAUUUAAUAACUACUGUUUAUGGCGCACAAACAAACAUACGAUAUUGUAGGACAGUACAGCACCUAUAGCUCGCAUAACGCCGCUAUAGCACUAAGUGUUGUACGUAAAAUAUAAAGGUUGAUGGGAAUGGGAAGAACGUGACCUUAACGAGAUU